AUGAAAAAUGGUAUCGUGAUAUUUAAUAUAAACACUUUUGGUAAAUGGUGUACUCCAUCAAAUGGCUACUAUUUCAUAGUUGGGAUUGGUAAAAACUUCCAAAGAUUUGACAGUAGUAUUAAACAAGUGUUGUUAGAAUUGGAAUUCCAACCAUUUAAAGAUUUUAAUAACACAUCAAUUGAUAUUUAUUUAUUUAAAAGGAAUCUCAGAUCAAUUAAAAAAAAUAAGAAAAAUGCCUACCAAGGGCGGACUAGAUCAUUUAUUGAUAAUCAUACGAUAAGGUUAAGAGAUGUAAAAGCUUCCACUAUUCGAGAAACGUAUGUGGAUUGGGAUAAUCUAAAUAUCGUAUUUCCUCGGUCAAAAUUGUUCUUUCAGAUAUCUGUUGAGUACUAUCCUAGUACGCCUAUUGUACCGAUAAAGGCAGAUAAUGCUUUGGACUUGUAUUGGAAUAAAGAACAUGUUAGUAACAAAGAACAUAAGGAUGCAGUAACUAAACCAUUAAUAAUUCAAAACUGUAAAGAGAAACAGAAAGAUUUUAUAAUAACAUAUUCUCAUACUGGAAAAUUUAAGAAAAUAGGUAACUUAUUCAAAACUUUGUUUAAAGGCCAAGAAUGUGAUAAUAAUGGUAUUCCACAAUUUUAUGAAGAUACAUACCUUGAUAUUGAUAACCCAAAUAUAAAUAUGGAAAGUCAAUCGGUAUUUUCAACCGCCUUGAAUCAAAAUACAUCGAACCAUUCAUUUUGUACUGAAAUUGAUUUUCCAUUAGACGAUAAAAAAUACGACGACUAUCAAUUUAAUUAUGAGAUUCCAUCAAUUACCAAUGAAAAAGAUUGUAAACAAAAAGGUGAUAUUUUACCUCUGGGGACAGCUGUUCCAAUAUUUUUAAAUUACUUAUCGAACAGAGUACUAUAUAAUGAACACAUUAAUUGGACCACUAUAUUUGAGCCCAUGAACGUGAAGGUUACUGGGUAUUUAGGUAAUGGUAAAUGGACAAAUUCAGAGUUAUCAGAAUCAUUAUUAUCAUGGUAUUUACAACCCCAUGUUAAGUCAUUAGUACUGCCGAGACUACCACCAAAAUUAUGUCCGAGGAAUAUCCUAUGGGAAGAAUAUUAUUUAAUCGACAAGCAGGAGUUAAUAACUCAGUAUUCAACGAGUUAG